UUGCGCUGCAUAAGUACAAAGUCAAAUGUUCCUAAAUGCAAAAGUCGAUUAUACGUUACCGUCGAAAAUUCCUAAAUGCAUGCAUCAGGUAUCGACUUGCAUCGUAAUCGAAAUUUGCGCAUCACUAAAUUUUGUGAUACUUGUAUUUUAAAAGGCAAUUAAAAUGGCAGAGGUUGAAACUGAAAAGAAGUGGACAUUCAAUUUGACCAAGUUAUUGAUCACGACCAGGCUGGAAAGUGAACCGGAGUUUGCGGGCAAAAAACGCAAAAAGACAGUUUUGUGGCAGCAGGUGCUCCUUAAAAUGAAAGAAACUGAACCAGGACUGACAUUCACUCGUGACGAUAUAACUCGAAAGUUUUUAAAUCUAAUGGUAACCUAUAGGCGCAUUAAAAAAAGGAACAACACAUCUGGGCAAGGUGCGACAAAUUGGGAGUUUUUUGAUCUUUUAGAUGAAAUUUACGGCACACGCGCAGAUAUUGUGGUUCCUGAAGAUAUCUUGGAUUCAUCAAUAUUAGAAUUGUCUGAAAGUGAGGAGCAACCUGCUUUCACUUCAAAGAGAUCUAAACGUGAUGUUAAGGAAAUUAUGAGUGAUAUUUGUGAGACAGACAAGAAGUACAUGGAGGAGUUUUUGCAAAUGGAAAAAGAGAAGUUGGAAAUUGAACGCUUGAAAAUAGAAGAAAUGAAAAAAUUGCGAGAGUUGUUAUCAAACAUGCAGUGAUUUUCCUAUUAAUUUAAAUUUUUAAUAAAACAAUUUUUAUGUUAAUUUUAUUUUGGUAACAUAAAGACUGAAACAAAAACGCUACAUUUGAACUGUUACCUGAAUAGGUUAAAACCUGAAUAAUAAUAGAAAAUAAAUGUGUUGAAAUACAAAACAUUAGUUUUAUUUUUAGUUGAUAUUAGUUUUAUUUUGUU